AUGGACGCACAAGCUGGAUGGCGUCGACGCGGCUCGGGAAAUGCCGGCAUGCGACGCACAGAAGCAACUUCAGCUGCUAAAUGUGCGCCCAACUCGUCGAGAACACCCUCGGCUACAGCUCGUGUACGAAACACGGUAGUUGGAUCGCAGCGACCUUCAAACCAAGCUGCAGAACGCGUUGUCAACGGAAGGAAAAGCGCGUCAGCCGUGUCCGAGGUCGCUCCGUCACGAUGGAGAGAAAUGCGACACUCUGUACGCGCUAAAGCAACACUAGAGACAACAGAGAUCCUAUAUGGCCACGCAAAGAUCGCUGAUUUGUGUCCUGAAGACCGAGAGAAGGUGGCCAAGUUAGUCAAUCGCAUAGUCGAGGUGGGGACAAUGCAUGACGAAGCGGAGAACGAAUUUCAGAGACAGAGGGAGGUCCUGGAGGAAGAGGUGAAGGAGCUGAGAGAACACGUACGGCGAGAUGCUGAAGAAAUCCAAGAGCUGUCUGAUGAAGUGCAUUCUGCAAGAAGGAAGGCGCAGCUGUUCGAAGAGCGGGUGGUGGUGCUGGAGGAGAGCACAGAUGCAGAGACACGUGCUCGUCUGGAGGCUGAACAGACUUUGGACCUGCUCAAACUCGAGGUGGAUAAACUGCGAGCACUUGUAAAGCGUCAACAGGACGAGACGCAGCGAGAAACGAAAGAGCAGCAAGAGCAGUUUGAUGCGGAGCUUAAACGCGUGAAGGAGGAAUUGAAACUAGCUCAGGAGCUGCUGCAAAAAGAGCGUAACGAGCGGCUUCUUGACAAGCAGCAGGCUCUGGAUCAACGACUUGAGCGCUCUGCAGCGGCUGGCGAAGAGAAGUUGGAGCGUUUGCAUUCAUUUCUACUGCAACAGCAGCACGAGUGGCAGAGCAAGGCGAAGGAGCAGCAAGAAGAAACGCUGAACAAGACAAGACAGCAACAAGAACAGUUUGACGCUGAAAUGACCCAACUUAAGCAGGAACUGAAAGCAGCGCAGGAAUUGCUGCAACAAGAGCGUCAGCGAAUGCUUGAGAAAGAGGAUAUAGCUGUUGACACUACCGACAACUUAGUUUCGGUUGAGCAGGGCGACGCCCAUGAGACGCACCCAGCUUCUUCUCCACUCGAGCAAGCUCCAGUUCUUGAGCCCGAUCACCAGACUCCAAGUUUCUCAACUGAUAUGCAAGGCGACCUCGCGAUGUUCGAGGAGGUGAAGGACUUGUAUGCUGAGGAUCUCUUUGCGUCUCGACGAUGGAACGCGACAACAGCUCAACCGUCCAGGGAUCUUUACUCUGAAGCUGCUUCUUGGCGAUUCUCUAGUGCACAGGCAUCUCACCCACCAGACAAUUCCAAUGUAUCCACCCUGGAAUUGUCCGUACAAGAAGCCAUCGAGAGGGACAUGGAGGCUCUACUGCGUCUGGACCCACUGCAAUAGUGUCACUACUUACAAGGUUUCUGUAGAAUGUCCCCGUUACGAGGUGCUAGCUUCUCUUCGGAUCGUCUGUAGAUUAUAUUUGUGUUUCCCUGUCAA